UGCCUAUCAAAGUUGGCGGGAAAGCGGAAGCCCGGCAGCAUGGCGGCCGCGGCUGCAGGGGCUGGGGACUCGGCUCCCGGCGGCGGCCCAGCGGCCGUGCGGCUACCGCGGUCGCCGCCGUUCAAGGUCCUGGCGGAGCAGCUGCGGCGCGACGCGGAGGGCGGCCCGGGUGCGUGGCGGCUGUCGCGGGCGGCGGCGGGCCGCCGGCCCCUGGAGCUGGUGACCGUGUGGAUGCAGGGCACGGUGGUGGCGGCGGGCGGCGACGAGGCGCGGCUGCGGGACCCGAGCGGGGCCUUCUCAGUGCGCGGCCUGGAGCGGGUGCCGCGCGGGCGGCCCUGCCUAGUCCCAGGAAAGUACGUGAUGGUAAUGGGAGUGGUGCAGACGUGUAGCCCCGAGCCGUGCCUUCAGGCUGUGAAGAUGACAGACCUCUCCGAUAACCCCAUCCACGAAAGCAUGUGGGAGCUAGAAGUGGAAGAUUUACACAGGAAUAUUCCUUAGAUGACAUUGGAACCCUUGCUAAUAACAACCGAAAUCCUAAAAAAAUAAAAAAAUAAACAACCGAAAUCAUGAAACAAUUUAGGUUCUUAUACCAUGUAGAUUUCACAGAUAGCAUUCCAUGUACAUUUCUCAUAAGUUUCUCCAAGAGUUUUGCUUUGGUUGACCAAGGAGUCCAGAGGUAGGAUUUCUAAGCACUGGGACACUUCACUUAACUCAGCCCUCGAUGCCCCUUGCUUUGAUGACUGUUUGCAGAUGAAAAGCAGAUGUGUGCUCCGUUGUUUUUUUUUUUUUCCCUUCCUUUUGGUUUAUGUGUGUUAAUUGCUCUUUAAAGCACGCAGAAAUCUCAUGUUGCAUUUUCCAGGUUUUAUAAGUGAUGGUACUUUUUCCGUUGCUGCUGGGACCCUGUUUUUAUGAUGUCAAGGUUGAAUCUCGCUCAUUGCCCGUGGUGAUUAAACUGUGGUUGUGGGCCGGGAAGCAGACCACGUGAAAUGGGAAUGACAUCAUGGCCCGCCUCUUCUCCCAUCAACGACUUCCAUGUCUAGCUUGCAAGUCAAAACAGUGUUUUCCAGCAGCCUCUCAAAGACAGCUCUCUCUGCUCUUGGGGCCUCCGAGCAGUUAAGGUACAUUUCCUGAAGAUACCGAGGGUUAACACCUGGCAUUCUUCCUCACUUGGAGUUGUUGAAACACUUAGAAAAUUUCUUGUUGAAACUAAAAUCAAGACUGAGAAUGACUUUUAGGGAUUAACUAAACGUCUGCCUCGUAACUUCUGGUGAGAUGCUGCAAGGGAGCAACGUCCUGGUGUAGAGGGUUUUUUUGUUUUCUUUUUUUCCUCCCAGUGUUAUUGAAAUAUAAUUGACAUACAGCACUGUAUAAGGGGUACAGCAUAAGCAUCUUAGAGUUCUGACAUUUUCUGGGUGGAAUGACUUUUUGUUGUAAUUAUAUUCACUGCUCUCUUACCCAUACCUUAUUUUUCCCAAGAUUGUAAAUAUUAUAUUCCUACAUUCCUGUAGAGUUUUGUUGGAUUAUUGAUCUUCUACCACUAAUAAAUUAUUUUAUAUGCUG